AUGAUCAGGGAAGAGAAGACAAGUGUCGGAAAAAUGAACCUAUUGAUCAGUCAGCUGGAUGCCGCUGCAACGAUCAAUCUUAAAAGACGUUCAGCUUAUGCGUUUAGUAUUUUUGCUAAUGAAGAGCGAGAAAAGCUUAUGAAGACACAUCCCGACUUGCCGAUGGGGCUUGUGACACGGAUGCCUGCCGACGCUAUCCCUGAAUCAAUUCCUUCGAAGAAACUACGUCCUAUUAUCCCCUAUACGAAAAUCUCUUUACCUGUAAAUGAUCAGCCUAUCCGAGUAGAAACCGUCACGGAGCAACAGCCAGGAAAAGUCAUUUUUGUCCAA